AUGGCUGACGGUGGCGUAGUGCAAGAGCAACCAGCUCUGAACGAGUGCGUACACUUAUUGCACAAAAGACAACAUAUUAUCCAAGAUGAUCAGCCUGUACCUCAAAGUGCUUGGUAUCUGGGUCUAUUAUCAACGCUUUACUCAUAUUGUUCUAACAUGUGCCGGCUAUUUAGCGGUCCCUGGCUUGCAGUAUUUGGUGGUAAACUGGAAGCGUUAGCGCAUUGCCUUUGUCUACCUUGCAUUGUAGUAGCGCAGGCCGGAAACGAACAACGGGGAGAUUUCAGACAAUCUGGUAGCGUGUAUCUAUACUUAUUUCUCAGUAUAACUGUGGUUAUUAAUUUAGUUGUCCCUCUAAGGACUAUCGCUGUUCAUGAAGCUGAGAAUAUACAACUAUAUUUCGUGCUUGGAUGCAUAGUGCUGGCGAUGGUGGAGAUGCUUUAUCUGUUGUUAUAUACACGAGAGACUCUUUUUUAUCGCGAUUGGAACUUCCGUGCGGGCUAUCCACCCGAAGCUUUGAUGCGGGUCUUUUAUCAAGGCGGUUUAUAUCUUUUUGGAUUCUCGAGUUUCGGUUAUAGUUUAUGCAAUGCGUAUUACAAUAUAACUUGUGGUAAACAAGUCGUAGCCACAGUAAACAUUAUGAAAGCGCUAUACAUUGUUGUACAAACAUUAUUCCUUAACAAAUUCUACAAAGUUAGAAUUCCAGAUGACACUCGUGGAAUACGCGUUGUCUUGGCGCAUCUUUUAGGAACGAAUUUAGCAUUGUGGUUUUGGACUCUGUGUUCUGAUGAAGUGGGCAAGUUGGAAGUGUGCUCCUACCCCAUCGUUCCAAUUAGAAAUACCGAGAAAUAUUUUUCGCCGCUUUUCGUAGAAUAUUUGUUGAUAGCAGCCAGUUUGUUUUACCAAAUAUGGCAAGAUUUGUUACCGAUUCAUUCGUUCGCAGAGCCACACUGCCGAACGUGUGUUUGUCAAAUUAACGCGGAAAACGUUGAUGCGGAUCAACGGCGUGACGAAGGCCGUGAUGCGGACGGAAUAAGAGCGGGUAUCUCUAGAAACUUGGGACUUGGUAUCGUCGUAGGUUGUUGCUUUGGCGUUGUGUUUUUACUUUUGGUCAUUGCGUCAGCCACCAUCGGUGAGACAUACCAACUAUAUCACGUGGCAUAUUCAAGCGGAAUUAUAACCCUCUACCUUACACAAAUUUUUGCAUGUUACAUUAUUUUGUUGUCUGCACAGUCAUUUGCUUGGGAUGCGCAGAGAACUUCACUGGACCACGAUGAUGCUUUGCUGUACAUUUCGCUUGUCGGUAGUCUUCUGUGGGAGGGAUUUCAUCUGUACAGCUUGGUGCUAAUCGAGAUUAACCCAAGUAUUGAACCCGAAUCACUUCCUAACGUUCGCCACAUAGACAUCGCCGCAGACACUCUCGCCGUGCUGCAAGUUGUAUUUCAAACGACUACACUGAUAAAGCUUCGCCGACAUGAGCCGACACAAGGUCGGAAAUCGACGUGGAUCAGUCAAUGUCUUCUAUUCUUGCUGACCACCAACGUCAGCUUGUGGAUUGAAAUUUCAUUUUUUAUUGAAAUUAUCAUUACAACGCCCGGAGAGGAGUACACUUCGAUUCAGAGAAAUUUAAAACCCAUUGGAUACAUUGUACAUCCGUUGAAUAUAUUUUUUAGAUUUCAUUCCGCCGUUUGUUGCUACAUCGCCUGGUCGAUUUUUAGAACUUGAAUGAUUUUUUAGAACUUGAAUGAUUUUUUAAGACUGCUAUUUUUUUUAAAAUUUUUUGAAUUGAAUUGAAUUUAUAAUCCAUCUUUGGGAUUAAAUAAUUCAACAAUGGAUAUAGAUUAAGUAAUAAUAGAAUAAGAUUAAUAAGUACUAGUUAAAACAUGAGCAGCCAAUCUUUAUCUGAGAUACAAACUCAAGCCGAAGGCGAGAGUUUGUAUAUCAGAUAACGAUCGGAUGCGAAAUGCUGAAAAAACGAUACUGAAAAAACGACCCAUCUUAUGAGUUCAUUGGCGAAGUAAUUUUAAAAAUAAACAUUGUCUAAGCCAACAAAAUCAAAGCUGAAGUUUAUGUAAAUCAGGACAAAUCUUUAUCCAAUUUACA